AUGAUAGCCCCCUGGAGGUCGGGGGUACCCUGGAGGUCAACGCACCUGGAGAUCAGGGCCCCUGGGCACGUGCCCUUUAUAAUUCCACCAUGAAGAUUUAGAUAGCUGGCUAAUUGAGUGACUGUCAUGAUUGACAUAAUAUACAGUGCAUUCGGAAAGUAUUCAGACCCCUUGACUUUUUCCACAUUUUGUUAUGUUACAGCCUUAUUCUGAAAUUCAUUAAAUCGUUUUUUUCCCUCAUCAAUCUACACACAAUAACCAUAAUGACUAAGCAAAAACUAUUUUUCAGAAAUUUUUGAAAAUGUAUUAAAAUUAAACAACUGAAAUAUUACAUUUACAUAAGUAUUCAGACCCUUUACUCAGUACUUUGUUGAACCACCUUUGGCAGCGAUUACAGCCUCAAGUCUUCUUGGGUAUGAUGCUACAAGCUUGGCACACCUGUAUUUGGGGAGUUUCUCCCAUUCUUCUCUGCAGAUCCUCUCAAGCUCUGUCAGGUUGGAUCAGGUCAUUCCAGAGAUGUUCGAUAGGGUUAAAGUCUGGGCUCUGGCUGGGCCACUCAAGGACAUUCAGAGACCUGUCCCGAAGCCAUUCCUGCGUUGUCUUGGCUGUGUGCUUAGGGUUGUUGUCCUGUUGGAAGGUGAUCCUUCGCCCCAGUCUGAGGUCCUGAGCACUCUGGAGCAGGUUUUCUUCAAGGAUCUCUCUGUACUUUGCUCCGUUCAUCUUUCCCUCGAUCCUGACUAGUCUCACAGUCCCUGUCGCUGAAAAACAUCCCCACAGCAUGAUGCUGCCACCACCAUGCUUCACCGUAGAGAUGGUGCCAGGUUUCCUCCAGAUGUGAUGCUUGGCAUUCAGGCCAAAGAGUUUAAUCUCGGUUUCAUCAGACCAGAGAAUCUUGUUUCUCAUGGUCUGAGAGUCCUUUAGGUGCCUUUUGGAAAACUCCAAGCGGGCUGUCAUGUGCCUUUUACUGAGGAGCAGCUUCCGUCUGGCCACUCUACCAUAAAGGCCUGAAUGGUGGAGUGCUGCAGAGAUGGUUGUCCUUCUGGAAGGUUCUCCCAUCUCCACAGAGGAACUCUGGAGCUCUGUCAGAGUGACCAUCGGGUUCUUGGUCACCUCCCAAGGCCCUUCUCCCCCGAUUGCUCAUUUUGCCCGGACGGCCAGCUCUAGAAAGGGUCUUGGUGGUUCCAAACUUCUUCCAUUUAAGAAUGAUGGAGGCCACUUUUUGAUACCCUUCCCCAGAUCUGUGCCUCAACCCAAUCCUGUCUCAGAGCUCUACGGACAAUUCCUUCGACCUCAUGGCUUGGUUUUUGCUCUGACAUUCACUGUCAACUGUGGGACCUUAUAUAGACAGGUGUGUGCCUUUCCAAAUCAUGUCCAAUCAAUUUAAUUUACCACAGGUGGACUCCAAUCAAGUUGUAGAAACAUCUCAAGGAUGACAAUGGAAACAGGAUGCACCUGAGCUCAAUUUCGAGUCUCAUAGCAAAGGGUCUGAAUACUUAUGUAAAUAAGGUAUUUCUGGGUUUUUUUGUUUUUAUAUUUAAUCAAUUUUAGAAUAAGGGUGUAACGUAACAAAAUGUGGAAAAAGCGAAGGGGUCUGAAUACUUUCCGAAUGCACUGUAUAUGCCAUUUAGCAGACGCUUUUAUCCAAAGCAACUUGUCAUGCCUGCAUACAUAUGGGUGGCCCCGGGAGUCAAACCCACAGCCCUGGUGGUGUAAGUGCUAUGCUCUACCACAGGGAUUAUCAACUAGAUCCAGCUGUGGGCCAAUUUUUUCUUGAGCGGAUGGUCAGGGGGCCGGAACAUAAUUACAAAUUGACCACAAGAAGCCCAAACAUAUAUAAUAUUUGACUAAAACAUAAUACUUUCAAACCUUGCUUACAUUUGUAUACGAUCACGUGUCUCUCUAUUAUGCUUGGAAAUACUUGAACAAAUUUCCAAAAUAAAAAUCACUUGGAUCAUUUGAUUCCCUAGUGUUUUUACAGUCUUAUGUCCAACAAUGAAAAUGUAUUUAUUUUCUGCUCAGAAAACUUAGAGGGGCAAAUAAAACCUCUUGCCCGCAGGCAGCCAGUUGGGGAACCCAACUGAGCCACACAGGACCACAUACCAAGAUAAAAACUGCUGAUACACUACCAAAUUUCGAAAUUGCGUUGUGUAUUUUACUACGCUAUCUCUGAACAGUAAAUUGAAACCCAGAUUGAGUUCCUAAAAAAGCGUGUAGUAUUUGUAUUUGUUAUGGAUCCCCAUUCUUCCUGGGGUCUAGCAAAAUUAAGGCAGUUAUACAUUUGAAAAACAUUACAAUACAUUCAUAACAUAUUUCACAACAUAGUCUGCAUAUAGGCAGAGGCAGCAAUGCUUAUCGUAAGAUAAGGGUGGCAGGUAGCCUAGCGUUUAAGACCGUCGGGCCAGUAACCGAAAGGUUGCUUGUUUGAAACCUUGAGCCAACUAGGUGAGAAAUUUAGCAAGGCACUUAACCCCAAUUAAUCCUGUAAAUCGUUCUGGAUAAGAGCGUCUGCUAACUGACUAAAAUGUAAAACAUUUAGGAGUAGUUAUAUACGUUCUGCGUUUAACCAGUUAGCAAGUCGGACAUUUCCGAGUUUCCUAGUUCCGACUAGGACGUGAACGCGGCGAUAACCCCGGUGUCCUGACUAAUUUCCACCUAAUCAUCCCCAGCUUCCAAUUGGCUCGUUCAUCGCCCCUCCUCUUCCCUGUAACUAUUCCGCCAGGUCGUUGGUGUAAAUGAGAAGGUGUUCUCAGUUAAUUUACCAGGUAAAAUAAGGGUUAAAUAAAUGACUUGGUCCAGCAUUUGUAAAUCGACAGCGUGACGUUAUCGGUGACCACUGAACUAGAGCAAGCAUGCACCUGUUAUUGUGGCGACACUGCCUGAAAGUUGAUUUCCCGAAAUAAUAGGCAGGUGUUCUGUCGAGACGUUGCGUAUAAUAAUACAUUGUUAUAAAAACAUUUGGUAGGAUUAUCAUAACUCAAUGUUGUGACAACGAUACGAGACAAAUUCCACAGUAUAGGUCAAUGAAUCGAAGUGACAUGAAUAACCUAUUGCCAUCACAUCUCCGAUCUGAGGCAACAGGCUAUCCAUAUUCCAUUUCCGACCAGACCUAGGACAACGCUCAACUGAAGUUUAGUAUUAAACAGAAACCUGACAUUUCAUAGUGGUUAGACAUUCGCUUAACAUAACAGGAGUUAGGUGUCACAUGAAACUUGACCGUGUGUGUGAUACAUUAAAUUAACAAAUGGUUUUCCCUGCCGCUGUAAAAGAUGAGGGAUGGGGCUGGAGAAAUGUAACCACUCUCAAAUUCAUAAACAGAGCUAUGGAUGCAAGGACUGACCAUCCACGAUAUCAAAGUUAUAGUUUUAACUAUGUUUUGAGGCAGUGUUUGUUUACAUUUAGGCUCCUUUGUUAACAAACAUUGGAUUAAAACAAGCAUACAUUUUGCGUUCUGAUGGGGUAGAACGGUUGAACUAACCUCCUGAGGCAUUUAUAAAUUACAUUCUUCAAGAAUCAUUGGGUACAUAUCAUGAAUUUCUAAGUUCAAAAAUGGAUGUAGCAAUGGCAGAUUGCCUUUUUAAUGUACAUCCCACCGUUCUGUUUCUCACACACGUGCCGGGAGCAGAUACUGUACUUAUAGUAGAGUUGUUAGGGGGUCUGCGCUCUCACAAAUGAUUGCCCAACCUAUCAUUUGUGUUUCUUAAAAAAAAAAAAAAAAAACGUAUUUCUACUGACAGGGCAAUUAUCUAAAUGUGAUGUUAAUGGUGACAUCAUGUGCCACUGGAGGCAUUCUUCAGUAUGGCUACAACCUUGUCAUAAUGAAUGCACCCACCAUAGUAAGUGUGUGUGUAUGUGUGUGUGUGUGUGUGCGCGUGUGCGUGGGUGUCUGUGCCCGUGUGUGUAUUUGUGUGUACAUACAGUAUGCUCACUCUACCUUUCCUCUUAGUUUAUUCAGAACUUUGUGAACGAGACAUUUCGGGAGCGCUGGGACGUUCAGCUGGAGGACUACCAGGUCACCCUGGUCUGGACUUGCAUCGUGUCCAUCUACUCCCUGGGGGGGCUGGCCGGAGCUCUUAUAGCUGGACCCAUGAGCAUAACCUUUGGAAGGUAAUAAUGUAUUAUAGCUGGACCCAUGAACAUAACCUUUGGAACGUAAUAAUGUAUUAUAACUGGACCCGUGAAAAUAACCUUUGGAAGGUAACUUGACUUAUUUGAUUAACUCGUUUUGGCCUACUUUGGAAGGCAAUGUUAUUAAUGUCAAGACAAUGUUAAUGUCAGCUAUUUACACAAGGAUGUGUGGUAACCUUGGUAUGUGGACCUCACUGAGAAGCUUAUUACGUUGUAUUUUUACAUUGUGUUUUUGAAUGUUGUCAAUUUUAUAAAUUGUGAUCAAGCAGGCCUCCCUUGAAAAAUAGGCCUGGGUCUUAAUGGGACUCCCUGCUAAAAUAAAGGUUAAAUUAAGAAAAAACAACAUUAUGUGCUUUAAAAAUCAAUAUUAUCAGUGAUCUGUCAGUGAUAUAACAUCUCAAAAAGAACUGUUUACUGAUGAGCAAAUGAUCACCUAUUUAUGGGUCAGAUAUAAAAGGAGAGGUUGCUUUGAAGAGAGCAUAGAUACAGGAUCUCUGAAUACUGGGGGUGGCAGGUAGCCUAGCGGUUAGAGCGUUGGGCCAGUAGCUGAAAGGUCACUAGUUUGAAUCCCAGAGCAAGGCACUUAACCCUAAUUGCUCCAGGGUUGCCAUUGAUAAUGGCUGACCCUGGCCUUGACCCCACUCUCAGAGGGUGUCUAAGGGUGAGUUGGGAUAGGCAAAAAACACAUUUCCAUUUCACACACAUGUAUAAUACACAAAUAUAAGCACCCACUAAAUUAUUAUUAUUAUGAAGACAGUAAGGCUACCUUUACUUCAUGUUUCCUCCUCAAAGUGGAGUCAGUCUAUCACAAUGUGGAGGUGUUUAUGUUUCUCAAGGCUGAUAGAGAACUCUGAACCUUGCAGGCUGGCGCCAGGGCAUAUUAUGAUAUCUAUAUGAGUAGUAUUUGCGUUAACGUAAUUGUAACAUAAUUACUACAGUAUUAGUUCAUUGAUAUUCAAGACUGACUUAACUCUACUCUACUCGUUUCCACUCUAUUCUAUUUUCCUGUACUCUACUCUACUUUAAACCCCCUGUGUUGCUCUCACAGGAAGAAGACUAUGCUGUUGAACAAUAUCUUCUUGAUGCUGAGUUCACUCCUAGCAUUGACCAGCAGAGCUGCCAAGUCUUUUGAGAUGAUCAUCAUCUCCAGGGUCCUGGUUGGAAUCAAUGCUGGUAUGUACUGUAUAUUCAACCAGAGGGUUCUUAGAUGGGGGUUCUUAUGUCAUCAAACCAUGCUCAUUGUGGCACUGACUGCAUUACUGUUUUGGGAUUUUACAAUAGAGAAGAAUUGUAAUACUUGUAGUAUGUUUGUUGCUUUCUUAGGUCUUUAAAUGUCAAUGGCAUGUACAGUAUAGCUAUACAUAAUAAGACAAACAACUGUACAAUUACAGUAUUAUGUUUGAUGUUGGAAAAUGAAACCACCGACAGUAGAGAAAUUAUCCACUCCUUUCACAGGGAUCAGUAUGAAUGUGCAACCCAUGUAUUUUGGAGAGAGUGCUCCCAAGCACCUGCGAGGGGCUGCUUCCCUGUUGUCAGCCAUCUUCACAUCGUUUGGAGUGGUGUUAGGACAGGUUGUGGGCCUCAGGUAGGGUUGUGGGUACAGGUUGUGGGACAGGUUGUGGGCCUCAGGUAGGCAACAGACAACACAACGACGAACAAAAGGAGGCCUGUAUCAAUGGUAGGGAGGAGGAGAGCCAGCAGACCAUGGCCUGUGUUAGUGUGUGGCUGUGUGUAGUACAUGCUUGUCAGAGCCACAUGGCUCUGUUCCUCUUGUAUGUGAGUUAGUGUGAGAGGUAUAUACAGUAAAAACAUUAGCAGGUUCUGCUGCUGUUGUUCAUUGUGCUGCCUCUGCGUCAGCAGGGAUGGGCAGUCUUUGUAUCAACUACAUGCAUCUGUGUACUUUUUUAUCAUUUGUUUGUAUAUACGAAAUCCAUUUUGCCCGUCCGUGUGUGUGUGUGUGUGUGUGUGUGUGUGUGUGUGUGUGUGUGUGCAUACGUGUUAGCCCUGCGGCGUCUGCGUGGCUGUGAGGUCCAGCGGUCAGAGUUGGAUGAGAUCCUCCAUGAGCAGGCUGAGGCUAAAGGCCUGAGGCCCAGCAGACCCUGGGAGCUGUUGGCUGACCGUAACGUCCGCUGGCAGGUGAUCUCCAUCAUCACCAUCAGCAGCGCCAUGCAACUCUGUGGCAACGACUCAGUGAGUUACUGCAAAAACAUUAGAACUCAGAACUCGGAACGUAGAACUUAUAAGAACUCUAUUUUUCAACAGGGAACUUCAUUUGUUCCUAAUUUGUAAUACAUUAUGUAGGCUACGUGUCACAUAAAAUCAUAAAUACUACACUACAUGACCAAAAGUAUGUGGAUGCCUGCUCGUCGAACAUCUCAUUCCAAAAUCAUGGGCAUUAAUGUGGAGUUGGUCCACCCUUUUGUUGCUAUAACAGCCUCCACUCUUCUGGGAAGGUUUUCCAAUAGAUGUUGGAACAUUACUGCGGGGACUUUCUUCCAUUCAACCUCAAGAGCAUUAGUGAGGUCGGGCACUGAUGUUGGCCGAUUAGGCCUGGCUCGCAGCCGGCGUUCCAAUUCAUCCCAAAGGUGUUCGAUGGGGUUGAGGUCAGGGCUCUGUGCAGGCCAGUCAAGUUAUUCCACACUGAUCUCGAAAAAAACAUUUCUGUAUGGACCUCGCUUUGUGUACAGGGGCAUUGUCAUGCUGAAAGAGGAAAGGGCCUUUCCCAAACUGUUGCCACAAAGUUGGAAGCACAGAAAUGUCUAGAAUGUCAUUGUAUGCUGUAGCGUUAGAUUUCCCUUCACUGGAACUAAGGGGCCUAGCCCAAACCAUGAAAAACAGCCCCAGACCAUUAUUCCUCCUCCACCAAACUUUACAGUUGACACUAUGCAUUCGGGCAGGUAGCAUUCUCCUGGCAUCCGCCAAACCCAGAUUAGUCCGUCGGACUGCCAGAUGGUGAAGCGUGAUUCAUCACUCCAGAGAACGCGUUUUCCGCUGCUCCAGAGUCCAAUGGCAGCGAGCUUUACACCACUCCAGCCGACGCUUGGCAUUGCACAUGGUGAUCUUAGGCUUGUGUGUAGCUGCUCAGCCAUGGAAACCAUUUCAUGAAGCUCCCGACGAACAGUUAUUCUGCUGACAUUGCUUCCAGAGGCAGUUUGGAACUCGGUAGUGAGUGUUGCAACCGAAGACAGACAAUAUUUACACGCUACGCGCUUCAGCACUCAGCGGCCUGUUCUGUGAGCUUGUGUGGCUUACCACUUCGUGGCUGAGCCGUUGUUGCUCCUAGACAUUUCCACUUCACAAUAACAGCACUUAGAGUUGACCGGGGCAGCUCUAGCAGAGCAGAAAUUUGACAAACUGACUUGUUGGAAAGGUCGCAUCCUAUGACGCUGCCACGUUGAAAGUCACUGAGCUCUUCAGUAAGUCCAUUCUACUGCAAAUGUUUGUCUAUGGAGAUUGCAUGGCUGUGUGCUCGAUUUUAUAGACUUGUCAGCAACGGGUGUGGCUGAAAUAGCUGAAUCUACUAAUUUGAAGCGGUGUCCACAUACUUUUGUAUAUAAAGUGUAUCUGUGGUGAAUGAUGAUAUGUCCUUUUACCCGCUUUCUUACAAAUGAUGUAAGAAGCAGACUCCUGCCAGCAGACUCCUCUUGUUAUUGCAUGCUGGUGAUGAUGACAUGCGGUUGUACUUUACGUUGUAAUGCUGCAGGAGUUAGGGAUGAGAACAUAACGGGUUGUUUGUAUUUCAGGGUUUAAUGAAGAGGUGUAGUCAGUCCAAGACCAUGCCAUUUCACUGGUGCUGCAGUCUUAGUUAGUUGCCUUCAUACUACAUUUAACAGUCCCAAACUGCUGACUGUGUAAUUACAGUACCUUUCUUUCUCCAGGGGAUUAUUAGACCAGAGGGCUAGCAGCUGGAAGCAUUAGGGGAAGAGCUGACUGAGUAUUAGAGCAGUAAUGUGCAAAAUGCUUUGCUGCUGAAUCAGCUUAUUAUCAACACAAUUUGAAUUUGAUGUAAUGAUUAGAGAUGCUCAGUCAGCCUGUCAGUACUCUGUCAGUAAAUUAUAAGGACGGGUAGCAUUCUAGGAAAAACUAUAGAAAAAGUAUAGUCUUUGUUUUAUUAAAAAAUCAUCAUAACUGAAACAGCAGCCAUUGUACUCUGUCAGUGCUCUGACGUAUGAUAUGUUAUUUUUCACUCCAACAGAUCUACUUCUAUGCAUACUAUGUGUUUAAAGAGGCCGGGAUCUCUCCAGAUAUGAUCCAGUAUAGUGCCUUGCAAAAGUAUUUAUCCCCCUUGCCGUUUUUCCUAUUUUGUUGCAUUACAACCUGUAAUUUAAAUGGAUGUUUAUUUGGAUUUUAUGUAAUGGACAUACACAAAAUAGUCAAAUUGGUGAAGUGAAAUUUUAAAAAUAACUUGUUUAAAAAAAUUCUAAAAAAUGAAUAACGGAAAAGUGGUGCAUGGAUAUGUAUUCACCCCCUUUGCUAUGAAGCCCCUAAAUAAGAUCUGGUGCAACUAAUUACCUUCAGAAGUCACAUAAUUAGUUACAUUGCACACAGGUGGACUUUAUUUAAGUGUCACAUGAUCUGUCACAUGAUCUCAUAUGGAAGAAGGUACUCUGGUCAGAUGAGACAAAUUCAGCUUUUUGGCCAUCAAGGAAAACGCUAUGUCUGGAGCAAACCUAACACCUCUCAUCACCCCGAGAACACCAUCCCCACAGUGAAGCAUUGUGGUGGCAGCAUCAUGCUGUGGGGAUGUUUUUCCAUCGGCAGUGACUGGGAAACUGGUCAGAAUUGAAGGAAUGAUGGAUGGCGCUAAAUACAGGGAAAUUCUUGAGGGAAACCUGUUUCAGUCUUCCAGAGAAUUUGAGACUGGGACGGAGGUUCCCCUUCCAGCAGGACAAUGACCCUAAGCAUACUGCUAAAGCAACACUCAAGUGGUUUAAGGGGAAACAUUUAAAUGUCUUGGAAUGGCCUAGUCAAAGCCCAGACCUCAAUCCAAUUGAGAAUCUUAAAGAUUGCUGUACACCAGCGGAACCCAUCCAACUUGAAGGAGCUGGAGCAGUUUUGCCUUGAAGAAUGGGCAAAAAUCCCAGUGGCUACAUGUGCCAGGCUUAUAGAGACAUACCCCAAGAGACUUGCAGCUGUAAUUGCUGCAAAAGGUGGCUCUACAAAGUAUUGACUUUGGGGGGGGUGAAUAGUUAUGCACGCUCAAGUUUACAGUUUUUUUGUCUUAUUUCUUGUUUGUUUCACAAUAAAAAAUAUUUUGCAUCUUCAAAGUGGUAGGCAUGUUGUGUAAAUCAAAUGAUACAAACCCCCCAAAAAUCCAUUUUAAUUCCAGGUUGUAAGGCAACAAAAUAGGAAAAAUGCCAAGGGGGGUGAAUACUUUCGCAAGCCACUGUAUAUCACCACUGGUAUGUGUAUGUGAAUUCACAGCCUGUAUAAUAUGUGUGAGUAUUCCUGAGUUAUAAUACACAUAGUUGUUAGUAAGUAUUGGUAACUAACUAACCACCCCAGAGGCAAGGAGGGAUUGUUAUUCUCUCUCUCUCUCUCUCUCUCUCUCUCUCUCUCUCUCUCUCUCUCUCUCUCUCUCUCUCUCUCUCUCUCUCUCUCUCUCUCUCUCUCUCUCUCUCGCUCUCUCUCUCUAAUACAGACCUUUGAAAUAGUCACUCUGUAAGAAAAGUUAUAUUUGUAAAUUUUUCCUGCAUUCCGAGAACAGUUAAAGCACCUAUCCGACAUACUGUUUGGAUUAGAAUGUUAAAAGAAAGAUAUCUAUUUUCACACAAGGCUAAAACAUGCUCACCUCAGUGUAACCAUCUUCUCUCAUCUGCUAGUGUCUUCCCUCUCCGACACCUUUGUCUCGUUCUGUCUCUCUGCAGAGUGAGCUGGGUGAGUUCUGCUUCAUCCCGUUCACUGCUGUCUGUUUCCUGUCUGCUCUGUACGUGGGCCUGGUUCUGCCUGAGACCAAAGGAAAGACCUUGUCAGCUAUCGCCAGCGAGUUCCACAAGCUCAACUACAGGGGCCAGGACAAGCAGGGUCUACCUGCCCCUCAGGGAGAGGUCUGCCACUCCACUGCCCUGUAG